AUGCAAGAUCCAUUUGACCAGAAAAAAAGCUACAUACUUCAGGAAAUAGCUUCUAGUGUACUCGAUGCAUCUCCAAAAGGUACAAUCGAUGAACCAUGCUGGCCUAUAAUACAAACCAUAAAUUCACACCCCGAUAUGGUGACCACUUCUUCUUGUUCAGGGAGAGUUUCGGUAUUCUUAGAGGGUGUUAAGCAAUCAGACGCGGUGAAUAGGAGCAUUGGAGCCAAGGGUCACGAAGGGAGGUGGUUAUUUGUAUCACAUGAUCCGAAGGAACUUUCAGGAUGGUAUAACCGAAUGAAUUUCGAAUAUGUUUCUUCAGGUUUUCAAAUUGGAGCAAGCACGAGGUACAUACUAUUCAAGUUUGAGCCGCUUAUCCUCCAUGUUAAAUGCAGAAACACAAUAAUGGCCAAUCGAGUAUAUCAGGCAGCGAUGGCCUGUGGAUUUCGAGAAUCAGGAAUAGGAACGAACGACAUAGUGGGGAUCCGUAUUUCCAUCAAGCUUGAUAUUCCAAUUGGCUACUUUGACAACCAAAUUUUCAAGAUUAUGGUUUCUGAAGAAUACUUGCAAUUGGCAACGAAAUUGGCAGAGGAUCGAUUUGCGGAAAACUUUCGAAAACUCCAGCAAUUAGAGAGGUCCAUGGAAAGCCUUCGUGUCCUUAGCGCUGAGGCUUCCAGCCAUAUAGAGACUAAGGAGGAGAGGCGAGAACGGAAACGAAAAGAAGGUUUGGAAAGACAACGGUUAAAAAGAGAAAACGACGAUAAAAACUCAACUCUGCAAGUAUGGAGCAAAUUGACCAAGUGA